CUCGUUCUGACUCUUUUCAUUGCGCAGAUGGAGUCGUCCAUAGUCAGCACUUCCAUCGUAACAAUAACAAAUGAGUUGAAAGGAUUUGAUAAGAGCGCCUGGGUGUUCAACUCGUUUCUUUUGGCGUAUAGUGGACUAAUGAUUAUUUGGGCAAAGUUGAGCGAUAUAUUUGGGAGGAAACCUCUAUUACUACUUUCGCUCUUCCUCUUCAUUGUCUUUUCUGGAGCCUGUGGGGCAAGUCGAACCCUGGUACAAUUAAUAAUCUUUCGAUGUCUCCAAGGAAUUGGAGCAUCUGGAAUAUUCUCCCUUGUCGUGCUUAUAUUCUAUGAAUUGGUGCCACCAAGAAAGUGGCCGAUGUAUACAGCCAUGAACACUUUGGUCGUUACAUGCUCACUCACAUUUGCGCCAAUAUUCGGCGGGUUGAUUAACAUUCACGGAUUAUGGAGAUGGAUUUUUCUGCUGAAUAUUCCUGCUGGAGUUAUUGCUAUGGUGAUGCUAAUUUUGUUCUUACCAAACACAAAUUCUCGCCAACCACAGCCAUGGAUAGAUUGGAGACGAUGCUUCGCUUUGAAGUCCGUCCAAAGAGUGGACAUCUUGGGGACUGUUCUGCUACUCGCUGUCAACACGUUCCUAGUAACAGCAUUAGAGCAAGCAGCUUCUGGGACUCCUUUUCGGGCGUCACUGGUACUUUCACUACUGAUGCUGACCGUUGUGAUACUCGGUGGUUUCCUUAUGUGGGAAUGGUACAUUACCACAAGAAGAACACUCCCUGAACCAGUAUUUCCCUGGCGCUUCGUACAAAAUCGUGUCGCUGCUGGGAUGUUUCUAAACUCGUACUUUGCAGGGACCAUCUUCUUGGUAUGCACCGUCCAGAUUCCACAGCGUUUUGAGACUAUAAACAAGGACUCAGCUUUUCGGGCAGGAAUACGCUUGAUUGCGUUCGUUCUCUUUGUCCCAACCUCUUCAGCUUUCGCGGCCAUCCUUCUCGGAAAAUCGAAAAUACCCCAUUGUUGGAUCCUUCUCUCUGGAUGCAUUCUCAAUAUUGCAGGAACGGUGGGGUUGUCUAUGACUUCAACAUCCACAACGAUAAAUUCUUCUCAAUAUGGAUUUCAGAUUCUUACAGGCAUAGGGGUGGGACUGUUCAAUGGCGUGCUGAUUCUACUUAUUCCAUAUGUGGUAGAGAAGAGAGAUCUUGGAGUUGGGAGUGCAACAAUCUCUCAGUUGAGAGUGCUCGGGGGGGUGUUAGGCCUUGCAAUAGUAACUAGUGUGACGAACAACUUCUUGCGUUCAGAGUUAUCACGGAUCCUGGCUGCUGAUCAAGUGGAGCUACUGCUCCAAUCUGUCGGUACUAUAGAUUCAUUGCCAGAAUCAUUGCAGUCAAUGACCAGGUCCAUUUUCGCUCAUGGCUACAAUCUGCAGAUGAAGAUAAUGAUAGGCUUUGCAGUGGCACAGGUGCCGGUUACGCUAUUGAUGUGGGCCAAAAAGCCAAUCAUGGCAACUUGA